AUGAAGAUCCAGCAAUCACUGCUGAUUAAUAUUCUUCAGUUGUUUGCAUCCUCAUUGUUGAUGUUCUUCUCUGAUAUUCCAUCUAGGUACUACUAUAUUUAUGAAUAUUUUAAAUGUAUUUAUUUACGAAUUAAGGAAUUAGCUAAGAUAUUUAAGACAGCUGACUUCCUAUACAUACUAGCAGAUUUAAAAGUGUCGCGCUGUGGGCGUGCAGGCAAAGGCAACAACACACCCCUGAGUGUGGUGGAGCCGAGCGCGGCAAAAUUGCGGCGUCAUGGCAUACCUCCUGGUAAGAUUUCCGCUAUGCAACAAGCUCGUAACCCGAGCAUCCAGGUGGUCAUUUCUGGCCAUGGCGUCUCCAACUCCAAUGGUGCUGGCGAACGGCUUGCCAAAGCAUUGUCGGUUGAUGAGGCACUUCAGUUCUCCCCUAUGACAAGCGCCCCUAUCUUUGGUCUAGAUUCCAUUCUCCGCCCCGACGUCGGCCAACCUUCACUCGCAAACCUAUCGAGCACCCAUGACCGCAAAGCUGCUGGGGAGAUUAUCGACACCCUUGACGACGAGACCCAAGCAAAUGCAGGCGAAUCUACUCGUCUAGAGACUACCCGCCGGCAUUUACAAGAGAUACUGAGUGGAGAUAUGACUGAAUAUGAGUUUAAAUUACCAUCACGAUCUCGAGUGACUCACAAUUCCCUAAAGGCUCAGCUACCAGAUACAGAAUCGUUGAGUCGAGGUCACCUUGGGCCCUUCGCAAAGAUGGUGUUAGAUAACACAGACGUUCGUUAUCGAUACCCAUCGCCUGUUACCCCUAGCCCGAAAAAGAAAUUAAUAGUAUCGAAACCCUUACCGUCGCCUACCUUAACCGAGAACGUUUCUGCAGCUAGGAUUCCAGAAUCUAGUCAUCAUACCGAAUCCAAAGCAACUCUCGGAUUGCAGAAGCCUAUGCAGAAGCCCGUCGUGUUGGUGCCCUCGUUGCCUUUGUCGUCACAGCCCGAUGAAUACGUUCAUAUUUGCGACCAGUCGCCUUCAAAAAGGAGGAAGUUGAACACCGAGGACGACGAGAAAUUGGCUGCAUUACGUCUAAAAGAUCAAAAGGAGGAAGCAGAUGCAGCCUUGGUAAAAUUACAAGAGCUUUUGCAGGAGGUCUUUGAAGCAGAGGAUCAACUUGAACCAGAUACGUCCGCAACCGAACACCAAUCGUCAAGCAAAAUGUUUAGACUUCCGAAAGCGAUCGAUGGUCUUGGUCCAGUUUUAUCUUCUGAGACACACUCUUUGCUCCAAACAGCGAUGCAAAAGGUUACUGGCUAUGGACGACUUCGUGACAUUCCAACGGAGUAUUUGAACCGCAUCCAGAAGCUCUGUGAACCCCCCGUGAUUUCUGCCCAGACUCCAGAUCUAAAACUAGAGCACGUUCCCGCAGAAGACGAUACAGAGAUGUGGCUUAGAAAGCUUGAUGACAUGCGCAACGCGCUGCUGGCAAUAUGCACUUUACUUCAUACAAUGUCAGGAGAGGUGACGAUAAAAGAUUUGUGUCCAGAAGAUGUUAUUCAGGCUAUUCCGAACGUCCUCAACCAUGUUUUCGACGAUUGCCUCAUUCCCGUUGUUGAAUGCCGGCCUAAUGGUAGAGAUGCGGAACUGUUUACCUUUUUCUCAGCCCAUAGGAACAUUCUUGCGGGCUUGGUUCACCAAACGAAGAAAGUGCUACACCUGCUAGCUCGUUUCCUUUCCAAUGUUGAUGUUGCCGAAGGAACUAUCACGGCCACUGAAUUCCUUGCAACAAAGCUAAUAUUUGUCGAAAAUGCUCAUAGUGAUAGGGAUUCAACCUUGGGCUUCCAAAAGUAUGAGGCUGUUCGAAGGGGUUCUAUGGAUGUGCUAGCAAAAAUAUUCGCAAAAUACCCGGAGCAGCGCCCCUUUAUUCUUGAUGAAAUAUUGGUGUCGUUGGAGAAGCUUCCAUCUACAAGGCAGAGCGCUAGGCAAUUCAAACUUAUAGACGGGAAGCAUAUCCAGUUACUCUCUGCCCUCGUAAUGCAGCUCGUUCAGACAACUGCAUUACAAAAAUCCUCGAAGGGAUCGAGAAGGCCGAAGCGCCGUCUACUUCUUCCGAAAUUUGGCCAGGGUGAAGGCUCAGAAAGUGAAGAUACCGACGAUGAGGCUGAUGAUGAUGGACCUAGGAGGGGCACGCCCCUGGAAUUACUUUCAGAUAAAGUCGAACCACUCUUUGAUAAUGCCUUACGUAGCGCACAGUAUAUUACAAAAUUUAUCGUUCAGCGGGCAAUGACAUCCACCAAAACUGGUGAUCAGCCAUACAGGAAUCUUCUGGAUCUUUUUACCGGAGAUCUCGUCAGUGUCCUUGGUUCGACUGAUUGGCCAGCUGCAGAGCUUUUGCUGCGAGUUCUCGCAUCGCAAAUGAUUGGGCUUGCAGACCAUGAUAAGAGCCCCGCAAACGCCAAAAAUAUGGCUCUUGAGCUUUUGGGCUGGAUGGGAUGUGCGAUUUCUGAUCUUACUUCCUCCGUACAACAUUUAAUUCCCAGUAUGGAUGAAGGGGAUUCAGAGUUAUCUGAUUAUCUGCGGCAGCUAUUUGAUGAGCACCUAAAUCGGUCAUUACAUGCAGAAGAUGUCGUGUCUGUCGAUGGGCCAUAUCGAAUAGUUCUUGAGAGUCUCCAGGAGAGGGAUCUCGGAAAUUGGCAGCUUUCUAGCGCUCGGGGCUAUGUUCUUGCUCAGUGGGCAAAAAAUGUAUGCAGUUUCUAUUACGAUCCGGAGAAUAGGGGAAAUAUUUCCGACGGCGAAUCAGUCGACCAUCUGGCGCGGACUCUGCGUAACAUGCUUUCAGACCCCAGAUGGUUAGAGUCUCACAAUAACUUUGAACGUAUCGGUCCACAUCAUGCUCGUUUCGCAUAUCUUUUGACUCUCCUCCAUAUGGGGUUCUGCAAAGCGUUCGAUAAAAUCCUGAAGGUUCUUUUAAACUCCAUUACCAGCGAUCAAGCCAAAGUCCGAAGCCGAAGCUUGAAAAGCGUAAUUCAAAUGUUGGAGAAGGAUCCGACCCUUCUAGACCGUGAUGACUCUGUGACCACGCUGAUUCUCCGAUGCUCUACGGAUUCUUCACCCAUGGUUCGAGACUCGGCACUCUCGCUCAUCGCAAAGUGUAUCACUCUCAGACCGGCGCUUGAGGAGGACGGCUGUCGUACCAUUUUAUCUUGCUCAGCAGACCCAACUGUCGGUGUUCGAAAACGCUGCAUUGGCUCCUUGAAGGAUAUUUAUCUCCAAACGUCACGUAAAGACCUGAAAAUCGCCAUUGCUGACAAUCUGUUACAACGCAUUACGGACAUGGAAAGCAGUGUCGUUACACAAGCUCGCCAAGUCUUGGAAGAAAUCUGGUUUGGUCCAUUUCACCAUCCAAUUGACUCGAUCCAGGAUUCACCUCAAACCAAAGUCUCCUUGGGAGAAUUGGUUGAUCUUAUUGUCGGGUCCGUCGAGAAAAGCGAUGCAAUCGUUACCGCUUUUGAAAAGUUUGUCAAAUCCAUACUCUCCGACGACACGAAGGCCGCAUCCGCCAAUUUCAAAGUGUGCAAAGCGAUUGUGGCUACAAUGUUUGAGCGAAUCAUAGAUCAUGCAGAUUCACCAAAUAAACCGACCCUCCAGGCGCUACUCCAGUCUGUUACGGUGUUCGCCAAAGCGAAUGCGAAGCUUUUCACUCCUGACCAAUUGGAAACACUGCAUCCCUAUAUUGGCCACCUCUCCACAGCUGACGACUUGCUUCUUUUUCGAUCUGUGGUUGUCAUAUAUCGAUGUGUUCUACCUUACCUUUCUACCGCCCAUAAUACCCUGCUCAAAGAAAUUCAAAAUGAUCUUUUCAAGAGCGUUUCGAAGCUAGCUAGGACCGAGCUUAAUGAGGUAAUGGCAUGCCUUUGGACCAUCGACAGGGUUUUACAAAAUACCGAACGCCUUGUGAAACUUACCAUAUCUGUCCUCAAGGGUAUUGCUCAGGCGAAAACUCUAAACUUCGACAACUCAUCAAAAACAGAUGCUCUAGGGAGGUAUCCAUUUGAACUGCGAAUAAUGGCUUUGGAAAGCUUAGGCUCAAUCUGUCAAACUUGGCCUGCGCAGUACAGCCAGCAACAGGCAAGAAUGGCUUUAUCUUCAGUGUUCGAGGGAGACAGCCCGGAUUUACAAAAUAUCAUCUUGAAGUCAUUCCUAGAGUUUUUUUCUAUCCAUGAAGGGAAGGCUGAGACGUUGGUACAAACUAGUGAUUCAGCAGCCGAUGCUGAGAGCUCCACGAGAUUGGCCGGUUCCUUGAAGGCGAGCGAGAAUGAUGGAGCAGCAGCAUUGAUUGCCCAGCAAUUUCUCCAAAACAUGCUCCACGCGGCCCUUUCAAAGCAGGAUACCUACGCAUUGACGGCUAUUGAGCUGAUAGCAAGUAUUAAUCGCCAGGGCCUUAUUCACCCCAAAGAAUGUGCUGGGGUAUUGGUAGCACUGGAGACGUCCACAAAUCCGACAAUCAGCAAAAUAGCCUUUGACACUCACAAAAUGCUGCACGAACAACACGAAUCCAUGUUUGACCGAGAGUACAUGAGAGCAGUUCAAGAUGCAUUUCAUUAUCAGCGGGAUGUCGUCGGAGAUCCAAGUGGGGCUUUUGUUCGCCCGUAUACUUCGAAACUUGCGCCCCUGUUCGACAUCAUCAAACCAAUCAAUGGCAACUCAAACGCAGCACAAUCUCAGACUAUGGAUGGGUCCCCUGUUUCCGAAGAGGUUCCUGCCGCCCCUACUACUUCAUCAGCGGCAGCGGCUGCUGGUGAGUCAGUCGAUGGUCAGUUGUUGAGACAGUUGGCUACUGCAGCGGGUUCACUCCUGAUGCUCUGGGAAGCUCGUUCGUAUCUCCGCCGUCUUUACGGCAUUAAUUUUCAUGCGCGGCAAAAGGAAGGGAAGGGAAGUUCCAAGGAACUUAAUCGGCCACCGUCAAAAGUCCAGGGUGUCACUGGUGACCGGUUUUGGGAAGUGGUGUCUAAUCUCAUGCACUGCAUUGACAGCACAGAAACAAUGGUAACCACAUGUCGAGAUUUUGCACUAUUGCUAUCGAUCGACGAUGAACUCAAAGUGGCUGGAGACGAUGAUCGGGGGAGCCAUGACACCACAGGAGAGGGUGAUGAAAUAGGUAUCCUCCUCGCAGCCGCAGGCAAUUCGAAACCGGGAAAGCGCAAGAGCUCUGUCUCUGCUGGUGGCACUCCCAAGAAGAAAGCUAGGGGUAAAACCCUUGGCAAAAAGAGAAUGAGCACUGAUAUCGACGAUGAACUGGCGAGUGAUUGA